CCCAGGUGGCUGUGAUGAGCCUCGCGGCGCCGCAGCCUCGCUGGGGCGCGGGUUUGGCGCCCGCUGCAGCGGCCCCGGCGGGACGUUAACGCGGCGCCCCCGCGUCCCCACCGCACCCGCGCUGGCUGGGGCGGCGAAGCCCGCACGCAGGAUGGCGGGGGCGGGGGAGCAGCCGCUCCGGGGCUCGGUAUGUGAGGAGGAGCAGCAAGAACAAGGAGGGGAGGCAUCACCGCUGAGCACUAAACACUUCAUUGCGGAUGUGGCACAUGGCCCAGGGAACAGCUUGCUAUCUACUUUCCACACCGUGAUUGUAAAAGAUGAGUCUGAGAGUAUCCUUGAAACAGGAGUUGGUGCUGAUCCCUUAAAGGAAGAGGAGGAAGAUGAAAACUACUGCAUGGUGCAGGUGGGAGGGUCACCCAGCCUGCACCCACCAGCCCUAGACUGCCAGCCUGGGAGCAUCCUGGAAACAAGAAAUGGUGCUGACUCUGUAAAGGAGGAAGAUGGAGGUGGAAACUACUGCAUGGUGCAUGUGUCUGGGUCACCCACCCUGCACCCACCAGCUCUGGACUGCCAGCUCAACUAUGCCACAAUGUGUGGGUCACUGCCAGCUUUCUUUGGCAACAUGAACUCUGUGCCCCAAGGCCCCGGAGCUGAGUUUACCCAGGAGAUCCCAGAUCAGUCACAGGAAAGAGCUGAGGGGUAUUACCCUGAUAGCACAGAAAAGGAGACCAAGAAACAAAAAAUCAGUGGCAGCAGUGGAGUGUGCUCCCCAAAGACAUCCAGUGUUGCUCCUGGGGACUUUUACAGCCUGGCACAGCUCCAGGAUGUGAAUCUGAAUCUUGGCCAUGCUACCCGCAGAUCAGCCCGGUGUGCGGCAGCCAGCACUGCAGGUCAGCAGUCCUACAGGGUGUCAUCAUUCCAGGAAUCUGGAGGUGGUCAGGAUGUGGCCAAGGAGAAAAAAGUGCCACCAGAGAACCCAGAAGAGCAGGGAGCUCUGCCACCUGUCCGAAAGAAAACACGCACCUUCUACAGUGCAGAGCAGCUAGAGGAAUUGGAGAGGAUGUUCCAGGAAGACCAUUAUCCUGACAAUGAAAAGAGGCGAGAGAUCGCUGCUGCCGUUGGUGUAACACCACAGCGCAUCAUGGUCUGGUUUCAGAAUCGCAGGGCAAAGUGGCGAAAAUUAGAGAAACUGACUGUGAAAGGGAGCAAGAAAUGCACAUCAUCAACAACUCUGUCAGUUCCUUCAGGAGCAAGCACUUAUGGGCCAUCUCUCCUGCCUAUGCCUCCACUGCCUGACAUCAUUCAUGACCAGUCUGCCAUGCUCAACAUGGAUAUCACAGUUGGGAACUAUCCCAGCAUGCUCAGUGGGCAUCCUGCGCCGCUCGUCUCCUCAUCAGUCUCUUCGGUAACUGGAGUGGUGACGUGUUGUGAGGCAGGUCAGACAAAGGCAUUAUCCCAGGGCAGCUUCGGUUCCAGCAGGAUGGAGUGCUUCCCCACAAUUCCCAGCCCUCCACCCAUUCGUAGGGCCAGCCUCCCUCUCAAUAUGACCUUCAACCCAAACAAUCAUAUUGUUCCAUUGAUGCUGGACACUCCCAACAGUGAAUGUAGCCCAUCCAGUCAGGAAAGCAGCUCCAGGGAGGUCCUCACUUACAGCUUCCAGAGUCAAGGUGUCAGCUCACCAACCUCAUGCAAUUACCCUGACCAGCUGGAGCCCACAGCCAACCUAGAGACCCCAUAUUAUCACUACAGUAACCAGCCUGGAACCUACCAGCUGCCCCAGUACCCCCCGCAGCACCAGCUCUCCCAGUUCCACCACCUUCCAGUCCCCCUUGCCAGCAAUGUGCUGCCCAGUGUCCGCCUUACACCUACUACACCCAGUGAAUCCAAUCCAGCUUUCUUCACCUUGGCUGGCAAUAGUGGGGUUGUGACCUACGGAGCGGCAGGUGCCUCACGAGGGUAUUUACAGCACCACCUAGGGGGACAGAUCCUGUUACAGCAGCCUGCUGGGACCUCAGGAGGUAUCACUACCUACCAGGCUGUCCCCUGGAAUGAAUUCUACAUGCAGGGACGUCCAUUCUCCAAUCAGCUUUGCGCUCGAAUGCAGUUUUCCAGCACUGCAGCAGGACGUUACUCCACAGAGCAGGCUCCCUAUAUUCAGAACCCUGGUAUGAUGCAGCCCACUCCCUGUUUCCUCCAGCUGCCCAAAGGGGCAACAUCAGGAUCUGUGGUAUUUACGGAAAAACAAAGGGCAAUGCCAGCACCAGACCAGACUUCAUAUCAGGACCACCAAUUGCAGAUCGCACCAGCUGAAAGAGAGGACCCAGAGAGCAGCAGCAGCGUCACCAAGGAGGAGGAAAGUGCUGCUGAUGACAAAGAAGAGAAUACGAAUUGACUCUGCACUUUGAAAUAAACAAGGAGGAAGGGAUGUUGUUGUUGUUGUUGUUAUUAUUAUUAUUAUUAUUACUAUUAUUAAUAAACACUGCACUAUGAGAGAAACAGAGGAAAGAAGAAUUAAUAUUAUUUGCAAUGGAAGUGCUUUUUUGUUUUUUUAUUGUUGCCGUGAUUGUUCUCCUGCUGAGGAAAGAAGCAGUGAAGUUUCAAUCAAUAAAAGCUUCUGGUCUCUGCUUUUUGCAAAUCUCCUGACUUUUGAGUUUUACUAAGAAAGAUGAUCUUGGUGAGCCUAAAGAAGGUAACAAGGACUCAGUGGACAGGGGUGGCUGGAAACCAGGAUCUAUUGGUUACAGAUGGCGCAGAAAGGAGAGUCCUUUGGCUGGAGUAACUAAAGCUUAGGGAGCUGUAGAAAGUGAGGAGAGGGCUCCAUUGGUACCCAGAAUUCAGAAGAUACUGAAGAUGCUAGAAGACAACUCCAGAGUGGGUAAGAUUCUGGGGAUACUGAUGGGGUAAGGUGCAUUGCAGACCACACAGGAAGGGAGCCCCAGGGAGAAGCUAGUAUAAACAGUGCAGAUAGAGGAACUCCAUGGGUUUAACCCAAUUUCACAGGGUCGACAGAGCAGGAGGGAGGAUGGGGAGCCCAGUGCCAUCCUUAUGGUGUUUGUUUAUAGCAACAUUUAGAAUUUUUAGAAAACAAAUUAUUGUUGUAACCUGAUGCCCAUCCAUUCAUAAUUCAUUGAACAUUCCCAUGGAGUUAGUUUGAUGUGGCUUUGAAUGUCUGUUACUAAACCAAACUAAUACAUGUUAGCAAUGAAGGAUGGAGGGAUUUAAAUAUGCCCAUCUCUGCCUGCACACAAUCCCUGACUGUGACCCAUCAGUUUUUGAGGAAGAAUAACUGUGAUAAAAGGGGAUAGUGGAAGAUCAUGGGGAAAGUCUAAACUGGUACAUCUUGCAUUUACAUCUAUAUGCUGUCAGGCUCUGUCUCAGUUUAAUCUCCAUAAUCUCCAAAAUAUUCCAUAGCCAGGGUCCUGUUGCUAUCCUUGCUUUUCCCCUAGAACCUGUGAAUCUUGUUCUGGAAAUGUCUACCUGCAUCAUCCCUAUGGAGUACAGUAGUUUUAGUGAGUUGCAGAUUAUUAUCUUCUGAGAUAUCUGUCUAGGGUGGGGCAAAGCACUGUGCAAAAUCAGACUAGGGCCUUGAAUUCAGUCCUUAAAUGGAUAAGGAGACAUUGGAGGUCAUGGAGGACUGAUACAAAGGGUUCAGUUAUGCUCAAUAAUGAAUGGGCAGCUGUAUGCUAUAUGAGUUGCAGUUCUAUGUGAAGUUUUAUCUUCAGCUGCAGAUGUGUGCUGUAGUCUAGCCUGGAGGUCACAAAGAUGUGUAUCACAGUGCUAAGGUCCUUGUGAAAAAGGAGUGUGUUGUCCUAACAAGCUGAAGAUGGCAGAGGCGUGUUCUUUCCCACUGGUACAAUCUGUGUGUCCAGGAGUAACAAGGAGUUUGACCCUGAGGCUUUAUAUUAGACAGAUGGUCUCAAUCAAGGGUGAGGCCCAUGUUCUGUAAAGUGGCCUAAUACAUAUGCUGAAGAGGCUGGAUUACUAUAUUGAACCUUGUGGGAUUUCACAUUGUUACAGUUCUUGGUUAGAACUCUGUGGACUCUCUGAAAGGAAUGUUUGGCCCUUCUUCUGUCUCCUAUAUAUCGCUCAUUAUCUGUUUAUGGCUGACAGUACUGAAGGCAGCUGGAAGAUCAAGCCAUGUAAUCAGGGAUCUUAGGUAUUUCAUGAAUCCCCAGCAACAGAAUUUACCAUCAUUCUACAGCAGACUCUUACAUAUUCAUUCUAAAGAGCAAAAAUGUCUUGCCUCUCUGAGUAUGAAGAAAAAGAGAACCAAGUGUAAACUAAUUCAGUGGUCAGCAGACAGCCUAAAUCAAUAACUCUGGGAGAUUGUGAAUGAUAGCUUUUCACCAUGUAAAUGUUAGCUCUGAAACCUUGUGCUGACAAUGACAGAAGUAAUCUUUUUAGAUCAGUGCUGUUUUUGGAUCCCGGUUGGACUGAUGGACAGAGUUGUAGGACUAAGGCCUGCCAGAAAGCCAAACAGAACCAACAACAGAAAACCAUGUCCUACCUGCCUCUACUCUAAAGAAAGUUAGUGAUUUUGUAUGGUAAACGUUUUAUUUGUUGUGUUUUGGAUGUUAUAUGUUGUUCUGGUAUUACAAGGUCCUUGCACCCUGUCACUGUGACUUUCCUAGUGAAACCAUGAUUUAGGGAGUUAGACUCAGAAGACUAAAUAUGUGACCUUUCUCACAAAGAUUUGUCAUUAAAUUAUGCAAGUCAGUUUCUAGAAC